CGGAAGCAGUUCAUCCAGUGUUCAAAACAUGGCGCCGCACGGUGUGACGCUGCGAGGGGAGCUGAGGUACAGGGAUGGGGUGAAGAAGAACAUAGACGUACACAUAGAAGGUAACCUCACCUCAAUGAUCGUGGGCAUCAAGACACUAAGAGAACAAGUGUCAGACCUUCUCACAGAACUUACAGUGCAAGAAAAGGGGUCGGUCGCCGGUGACAAAGAGGAGCUUGGAUCUAGUGAUGAAGAUGAUGAGAGCGAUGAAGAGAUGGAGCCGAUGCACGUUUCAGAACCUCCUGCAAAGAAAUCAAGACCUGUAAAAAAGUGAUGGCCCUUUGAUCGUGGUUCAUAUCUUCCCAUGCUUUAUUUUUUAUUAAAUGUGCCUUUGAGGAACAUGUUUAUUUACCCUUCAGUCUACUGUACUUAUUACUGACAGCCUUUCAUGUGUAUUAUGUGUUUAAAACGGUUGUAUUGUUUGAACUAAUCUAGCUGGUUGAUUGAAUACUUCUAGAUAUUGAGCAGCACAGUGAAAUAGAUUUCAGUGAGGGGGCAUGUAAUCGGCGUAAUAAAUCAAUUUCGCACAUUGUAUAUUUACACCAUUCAUACUUUCUCCAGAUGUUAACCAGAAUGAAACAAUCUUUCGACCCUAGUGUCUUCAAAUGACGAUAAUUUCAUUAAGACAUCACGUCCAAUUGUAUCCAAGCUACGAUUGAGGCAAAGGUUAAUACAUAUUAGAGUGCAUGUUUGUAUAAUUGAGGCAGUGAGUGUUAAUAGGCUGUAUGCAAGUGUGGAAAUCUUAUAUCUAAAUGAUAAUAUUUCCUAUACAGAAUAAAUAAUAUGGAUAAAGUGUUGAGGUAAGUAUGACAUGUUAAUGCUGAAGUGUAACGUGUAUAUGGAGAAUGAAGGUUCUAAUUGAAUUCGUAACACUUUACGUGUGUGUAGUCAUACAUAAUUCACCAUCUGUAUUAAUAUACUGGU